AUGUCUGGUGCAACCGACUUCCACGAAGACGAGCUCCGUCCUGAGACCACUGCUGGUUUCAAAGUUGGCGAGAAGAAAACUUUGGAGGAAUACCAACAACUUGAAGACGGUCAAGCCCAGAGGAGCCCCUCCGAGCCUCGCAAAGCACUGUCCAUCGAUCGUUCAAGCAAUCGCAGGCAGCCGUGGAUAGAUGCGAGAAAGCUAUCAGAUGAACAGAGACAGCAACACAUCGAUGCCGAAAACCAGCGCAAGGCCCGGAGAUCAUCCGUCCGAGCGGCACUGGAAACCACUGUCGAUGUUUUCUCCAAACCGUCCUCAAAAGCGUCCUCUCGAGCUACCUCACGGAACGAGAAUGAAGAUCCUCCUAUCUUCGUUCGAGCAAUGCCAGGGGAUGAAGAGUUCAAACCCUCGAGGCGGACUGUUCUAAACGAUCGAAGAAGAUCUCUUGUUCAUGGAUUGCAUACUUUCCACAAACACGACAGCAUGAUGGGAUCCUACGACAAGGGUGUGCUGAGCAGAUACUCUGGUGGUCGCGAUCGAGAUUCGAAGAUCCCUCGCAAGCAGUCGUACGUUCGAACUUCAACUCCAAAUGCUCUGCUCCCAGCCACCGAUGAGGAGCGAAAAUGGGCCCGACAAGUCUUGCGACACUACUCAUCUACCAUGGAUGCUUCCCAUUGCGACGUGUUCACUUGGCAUGCACUCGAGCGAAAGGACGAUCCUGUACAUCUUGUCAUUUGUCUUGGCGAGAUGAUCUUUAUGGAUCAAUAUGGUCAGGAACUACCUGGACAACCUACCAUCACAGAUCAGCUGGAAGCCAUUCAUCGCCGAGGGAUGCUGCAGCCAGAUUACGAAAAUUACGAAGUGCCUCUUACUCGUAUACCAACCCGACAAGUCGAAGAAGAGACUGCCGAACACUUCAAGACGAUACUCGAGCGCAAUGGCUCCGAACUCUUGUCCCCUCCUUCAACAGUACAAGUUGGAUGGUGGCUUCAUAACUCGCCAGUAUACCGCGUGAGGUACCGCGAGGCCGAGCUCUGGAUAACAAUUGAUGGUCGCAACAUGCCCAACCGACCAGCGGCCUCCGAGCAGAUCAAGCAAAUCAGAGCAAAGACGAACGAUGCUAUGGGAAGUGACGGAUCUUCUGGGGACAUAUCUCCUGGCCACGUUGGACCGAGCAACAGCCAGCAAACCUGUGCUAAUGGACAGACCGCCGAGCAAACAAGUCAAGAUCUCCGCAAACAGACCGAAGGCCGUGGAAAGACUGGAAUGAGCCGCUUCUUUCGCUGGAUGGACCAAAACGAUGAGAGCUUGAGAAAGUGGAAGGAGAGCCUGGGUAUCGGCUCAGGAACCACCAUUGGUGAUGCUAGCGACCCCCGCAAGGUCAUCAUCGUCUCCCUUGGACUCGAGGUUGAGGGUCGUCCCGACAUUAUCAUCGACCUGUCUUCUCCCGGUGCUCUCGAGUCACUCAAGUCCAAGCCCUUCACCAUCAAGGAGGGUGCCACCUUCCGCAUGAAGGCCCGCUUCAGAGUCCAGCACCAGAUUCUUUCGGGUAUGAAGUACGUCCAGGUUGUCAAGCGCAUGGGUAUCUCGAACAAGAUGCAGGAAAUGAUUGGUUCUUACUCUCCCAACACCACCGACAAGCCCGAAUAUGAGAAGAAGUGUAAGUUUUUGGCUCAAGCAUAUUUCGCAGAGACUGCACCCUCGGGCAUGAUGGCUCGCGGCCACUACAAUGCCGUCUCCAAAUUCAUCGAUGACGACGAGCAGACCCACUUGAAGUUCGAGUGGUCCUUCGACAUCAAGAAGGACUGGUAA